AUGAGUUUUGGAAGUGAUGGGGCAUCCAUCAUGACAGUUGGGGGAGUGAGCACACUUCUCAAGAAAGAGAACCCAUUUAUGAUAAAUACUCAUUGUAUGGCUCAGUGUUUGGCAUUGUGUACUAGCCAAGCUGCCAAUCAAGUAGAAAAAAUGGAGAAGUACAGACAAUUGUUAACAGAUCUGUACUAUUACUUCUCUAAAUCUGCAAAACGUGUUGCUGGGCUAAAUGCUAUUCAAGAAAUACUAGACAGCCCACAGUUGAAGAUAAAGGAGAUGCAUUCAGUUCGGUGGUUUGCUUUCUAUAGUGCCCUAGAAACUGUUUACAGGUCAUGGGACGCCCUUGUAACCUAUUUUGCUGACCACAAGAAUGAUGCAAAGGCAGUAGGCUUUCUCAAGAAAUUAGCUCAGGUUGAGAAUGUGGCAAACAGCAUAUUUCAGAAAGAGGAUCUAGAUGUUUCAAUCAUCCAGGCGUGCAUUCCCACCACCCUUGGUGAAAUUGCCAAAGUGAACGAGGGAAGUGGCUACUAUAUAAAGAAACUUGAGGAGUCUCUGAAACAGGAUGAGUCUGAGAAGUGGCAUAUGGGUGCUGGUGGCCAUGAAAUUUCAUAUUCAGAAACUCAAAAAGCUCAGGCUAUCAAAAGCAGAGAUGCUUUUAUUGACAAUCUCACCGAGCAGAUAACUGCUAGAUUUCCUCAGGAAUCACAGGCUCUUGCUGAUGCAUUUGCAAUCUUAAGUCUGAGAGGAGUGUCUUUCAUGACAGCUGAAGACCUUUCGCAUUAUGGAAAUAAUAAGUUACUGAAACUGUUGAAUCACUAUGGAUCAGACAAGGCAAAUGUGGUCAGAAGAAGAGUAAUUCCUGCUGUAGUUGAUCCUAUGAAAACCAAGAUGGAAUGGUCUUUAUUAAAAGAUGUUGUUCAGGAGCAGCAGUACCCAACUGGCAAGUUAUCCAUGCUGUGGAGUUGUAUUUUCAAGUUUCAUCCAGACACCUUUCCAAAUUUGCUGAAGUUGGUACAGCUGGCCCUCACUCUUCCACUACAAACAGCCGAUGUUGAGAGAGGAUUUAGUGCUCAAAACUUAAUUAAAACGGCCCACAGAUAUCGAAUGGAGUAA